UCCAAUUGCUCCGGUAUCGUUACUUGCGCAGAUUGCCCGUCGCCACGUUUGCCGUGAUCUUAUUCACGUUUACCCUCAUGACCAAAACGUUUGUGGCCGUACUCUUGAUCAAUCUGAAAUAUCCGUUUCUCUAUUACAUGUUUUUCAUUGCUUACGCGUGUCCCGUAUUUCUCGUUCACCUGAUAAACGUCAUGUGUUUGGUAUCUCAGCAUUCCUACGAAGACGUAAAUAGGGAAUUGGGAGAACUGAAAAAUUUGAAAUCGAAAACUGAACGGGUGUUUCGAUUGAGAUCGUUGAUGAACGACCAUUGGUUUCUUGAAGAUUAUAUUGAACUCGUGUCCAAGACGUUCGGUUCUAAAUUAUUGUUAACCAUACUGGACAUAUACAUUCAGCUGCUACUAUGUUUGUAUUAUGCGAUAUGGGAUUCUAUUGUUCACGGAUUGCACGAUAUAUUACUUCACGGGGUCCUAAACAUAGUUAUUUUAAUGGGCAAUUUGAUUUAUUUGUGUUACAGAGGCCACUCUACAGUCAAAGAGAGUCGACGGGUAAUUUAUCAACUUCGGCAUUUGAGAGAUUUAUUGUACGACGAUCCCGUUUGUCAAGCUAUUCUAAAAAUAUUCACACUUCGAGUCAAUUGUCGUAAAGUACAAGUUACAGCUGCAAAGUUUUUUGACAUAAAUCUGUCAUUACUUUUUGGUUCGGCAGGCAUUGUGCUAACUUACUUUUUGGUGCUUAUUCAAUUCCAAAUAGAAGGUUCCAAACAUACAUCUGCCGCAAUGAAUAUCAGUGAAGUUGUUACCGUUAAAUGUAAAUCAUGGCCUUGUAUUAUCAAAGAUGAAUAAUUGUAAUUUUUAAAAAGUUUUUUAUUUGUUUUUAACUGUGUGAACUAUUUCGUUAUUAUCUCUUAUGAAACCAAU